UCUCUCAUAUCUAGCACUUUCUAAUUAUGGAGCAGUUCUCAUGGGAAAAUAUUUGGCCUCUUGAUACGGAUAUGGAUAUGGAUUGGUUGGAAUCGAUGUGCCACCAAGAUGGUGAAUUCCUUGGCGAAUACAUGGCACAGCAAUCAUCUAUAGUAGCCGCCGGAGCCGCCGCUGCCACGGAGAUUAAUGCAAGCCCGCCGGAGCUGCUUCCUAUAACUAGCAUUCUCUCUUCUAAUAAUUCCAUGGCCACAAUACUAGGGAAGUCCAAACCACCUUGUUACCCUAAAAAGAGGACUUCCUCAAAUCUAAACUUUGAAUCAAAAGCAAAUGGCACAGGAUUAGCCAAAGAAGAGAAGAUUAUUAGAAGCAAAUCUAAGACUCUAUUUCACACACUGGCAGAGAGGAGAAGGAGACUUGAACUAGCACAUAAAUUCACAGAGCUUUCAGCUAUAAUUCCUCGCUCAAAGAAGACAGACAAGGCCUCUAUAGUUCAAGGCGCUAUCAAUUACGUGGAAAAACUUCAAAAACGAGUGAUGGAGUUAGAAGUACAACAAAACAAGAGAGGCAAAGAACCAAUAAUACUUCUCAAUAAGGAAAAUUCUUGUGAAAUGAAUCUUGACAAUUAUCUUAGACCAAUAAAUAAUUUUCUUCCUGAUGUCAAAGUGAAAGUGUUGGAGAAUAAUAUACUCAUUUACAUCAAUUGUGAGAAGGAAAAUGGCAUUCAACACAAAAUAUUGGACAUGCUUCAAAAUCUUCAUUUGUUUGUCACCAGCACUAGCAUAUUGCCGUUUGGCAAUUCAACUCUUGGCAUUACUAUCAUCGCUCAAAUGGGUGAUGCAUACAGAAUGACGAUGAUGGAUCUAGUGGAUAACAUAAGGAAACUGUUGGUGAAUGGCGCAAAUCGUCGAACAUGAUAUCAUGUUAUUUUUGGUCGAAUAUACGAGAUUAAUUUGAUUUGUCAAAAUACUUCUUACUUUAUUCAAUCAAAGGAACUAUUUGCUCAAAAUAUUAUUAUUGUCAAAAUACUUCUUGCCCAUUUCACACAUAUUAUUUAGAAAAAUGUAGGCUUCAAUUGGUCCCUUAAGGUCCAUGAUCCUAAACAAUUUUAAGGUUUUCAUCAUCAAGUUUGGCACAUUCUUUAGAUAUUUUCUCUGCAAAAAAUAAUAUAAAUUUACACAACAUAUGCAAAAUAAUUGACAGCAUG